AUGGGCAACAACGAGUGGAACUUCACCAACCUGUUGCCCUACUUCCGGCGCAUCGAGACCGACACUGACUACGGCGGAGACGACUUCCACGGGGGCGACGGGCCCAUUGUGAUGCACCGGUUCAAGCGGGAGACGUGGCUGCCGGCGCAGCAGGCGUUUUACACCGCCGCCCGUGCUGCCGGCUAUCCCGACUGCCCCGACCACAACCACCCGGAUACCUACGGUGUGGGGCCGACUCCUCUGAACAACCCCAACGGCAUUCGCAUCAGCACCGCCAUGGGAUACCUGGACCAGGCGCGGCACCGGCUGAACCUGACCAUCCGGCCCAACUGCCUGGUACACCGCCUGAUUUUCGAGGGCAACCGCGCCACGGGGGUGGAACUGGAAAGCGGCGGGGAGACGUUUACUGUAGAGGGCGAGGAGAUCAUCCUGUCCGCCGGGGCCAUAGGGUCGCCGCAGAUCCUGCUGCUGUCGGGGGUUGGUCCGGCCGACCACCUGAGCAGCCUGGGCAUUCCGGUGGUGCUGAACAAGCCGGGCGUGGGCCAGAACCUGCGGGACCAUCCCGGAGUGUGGGUUACCUGGCGGACCAGGGAAGGAUUUGAACUGGACGAACAGCCGGUCCUGGAUUACCGUUACUUGGAGGAGGAGUUCGACGUGAGGCGGUUGCGGGAGGCGGUGCGCGUCUGCGUCGAUCUCGGCAAUGACGAGGCUUUCAAGGACAUCAUCCAGGAGCGGGUCUCGCCCACCGACGAGGACAUGGAGUCGGACGAGGCGCUGACUGCGUGGAUGCGGCGGGAGGUUACCACGUCGCAGCACAUAUCCUGCACCUGCAAGAUGGGCACUGCGGACGACCCCAUGGCGGUGGUGAACCAGUACGGCAAGGUGUACGGGCUGGAGGGUCUGCGGAUUGUCGACGCCUCCAUUAUGCCGGACUGCAUCCGGGCCAACACCAACGUGACUACCCUGGCCAUCGGGGAGAAGAUUGCCGACCAUAUCAAGGAAGGGAAGUAG